AUGUCGGCGUCGUUGCUGACCCUUUUAGUAAUAGUCGCUUUUGGUCUUGCAGCAAAAGAGAAACCGGAGCUCAGCGACGAAAUCAAAGAAAUAAUCCAGCAUGUUCACAAGGAGUGCGUCAGUCAGACCGGGGUCGCCGAGGAGGAUAUAGCGAAUUGUGAAAACGGCAUAUUUAAGGAGGACAACAAAUUGAAGUGCUACAUGUUUUGCUUAUUGGAGGAAGGCAGUCUUGUUGACGACGAAGAAAACGUUGAUUACGAUAUGAUGAUAUCACUCAUACCUGAGCAAUAUACCGAGAGGGUGACGAAAAUGUUAUCUGCUUGUAAACAUCUCGACACGAAAGAUAAAGACAAGUGUCAGAGGGCGUUUGAAGUUCACAAAUGUUCUUAUAACCAUGACCCAAACGAGUCGGUCGGCUCCUACGUGGACUGCAAGUGCGACGCUAGUGGAGGCUGCGGACGUCGCAAUUUGGCGACGCGCCGCAGUAAUGACGGCCGGCCGUUGCGGUCGCCCCCCUCGCCGGGCGUCACCCGCGUCAUAGUUCUCCUCAAAGGAAGCGUGUUACGCUACUUCGGAAAGGUGUUUGUUUCGCAGGCGCGCCGCAAAAUGAAUAUUGAUGACUUCAUGGGGACCGGAGAUGAUUUGCUGAAAAAUUAG